AUGGAAGUGUUAAGUCCUCAGCAACUUGCUGAUUUUAGAAAUGCAAGUACAUGUCAUAUUUGUAGAAAUAAAAUCAAGCAUGGGGAUAUAAAAGUAAGAGACCAUUGUCAUCUAACUGGGAAGUAUCGUGGCCCCGCACAUCGUGAUUGUAAUAUUAAUUAUCAUGAAUCGCAGAUCAUUCCUGUUGUUUUUCAUAACUUAAGCGGUUAUGACGCGCACUUUAUAAUUGAUGCAAUUGCUACUGGAUUUGAAGGAAAUGUUUAUCUACUUCCCAUAAACAAAGAAAAGUAUAUCAGCUUUACUAAAAACGUAAAAGGUAGUUUUAUCAAAUUUCGAUUUAUAGAUUCAUUUAAAUUCAUGGCAUCAUCAUUGGACAAGUUAGCAUCCUAUCUCGACGAAUAUAAAAUUGUAAAUUCAGUGUUUUCUAAUUACAAUGACGAUAAAAUUCAAUUGUUAACACGAAAAGGAGUUUUUCCCUAUGAGUAUAUUGACUCAAGAGAAAAACUCGACGAAACUCAAUUACCACAGAAAGAAAAAUUUUAUAGCACUUUAAACGAUUCAAAUGUAUCAGAGGAAGAUUAUGCACAUGCACAGAAUGUGUGGAAUGAAUUUAAUUGUCAAAAUCUAGGUGAUUAUGUUUUUUUAUAUAUGCAAACCGAUGUAUUGUUACUCGCGGAUAUUUUUGAAAAUUUUAGGAAUCAGUGUAUAAUAGCUUACGGUCUUGAUCCUGCGCAUUAUUAUACAACGCCAGGACUGACAUGGGAUGCCAUGUUAAAGUAUACGAAUAUAAGACUGGAACUUCUUACAGAUAUAGAUAUGGUAAUGUACAUUGAACGAGGAAUAAGAGGUGGGGUGAGUCAGUGUUGCAAUCGUUACGCGAAAGCUAAUAAUCCAUACAUGACGAAUUAUAAUGAAAACGAUGAGACGUCUUAUAUUGUAUACUUUGACGCAAACAACCUUUAUGGUUGGGCAAUGGUGCAGUCGCUUCCGUAUGGUGGUUUCGAGUGGAUUGAAAAUAUUGAUAACAAUUUCGAUUUUAACAUUUCAGAUGAUGGGCCAAUUGGCUACAUUUUAGAAGUUGAUUUAGAUUAUCCCGAGGAAUUGCAUGAUAAACACAGUGAUUUUCCGUUUUGUCCUGAACGCUCGAAGCCACCAGGAUCAAAAGAGCAGAAGCUCCUAACUACUCUCCUACCAAAACGAAAGCACGUUCUCCAUUAUCGUGCUUUAAAACAAGCUAUUGCCAACGGUCUUGUACUAGUUAAAAUUCACCGUGUUUUAAAAUUUGAGCAAUCCACGUGGUUAAAAAGUUAUAUUGAUUUCAAUACUGAACGCAGAACUAAUGCUAAAAAUGAAUUCGAGAAAAACUUAUUUAAACUAAUGAACAACGCGGUAUUUGGCAAAACAAUGGAGAACGUGCGAAAACAUGUUGACAUUAAGCUUGUGACAAAGUGGGAGGGUAGAUAUGGAGCUGAAGCCUUAAUCUCCAAACCUAAUUUCCACAGCAGAGCCAUCUUUAACGAAAACUUGGUUGGUGUGGAACUAAGGAAAAUGGAGGUUUUAAUGAACAAGCCACUUUAUAUUGGUUUGGCAGUCUUGGACGUUUCAAAAACAUUGAUCUAUGACUUUCAUUAUGAUUAUAUGCUAAAAAAAUAUGAUGCAAAGAUAUUGAAAUUAUUGUACACCGACACCGACAGCCUUAUUUAUGAAAUCAAAUGCUCUGACAUUUAUGCAGACAUGAAAGAAGAUAUUCACAAAUUCGAUACUUCAGAUUAUCCGGCUAAUAACGUCUACAAUAUUCCGCAAGCCAACAAAAAGAUAUUAGGACUCAUGAAAGAUGAAUGCUGUGGUAAAAUUGUCACAGAAUUUGUUGGCUUGCGGAGCAAAAUGUACAGCGUCCGCGUUGAAGAGAAAGAUUUCAUAAAAAAGGCUAAAGGUGUAAAAGCUGGAGUUGAUAAGAAAAAUAUUAAUUUUAACGAUUAUGUAUAUUGUCUACGAAAUGUUGAAAUUCAAUCUAGAACCAACACUACACUACACAAAAGCCUUAAUCUAGUUACAUUUCUUUAA